GUCCCUUAUAUAUCUCCCCGGCACAACCUUUUACUCAAAAUGAACCUUUAAAGUAUUAUCUUCGCCGGUGAAGCAACAAGCAACAAGCGUCGUCCGGACCAUUUGAGCCUAUUUGUCCAUUGUUUCCUAGUAGUUUUUCUGUGUUCUUUUUCUCGUCGCAAGCAGUCACCAUGGCUGAUUGCCAAGCUCUCCCAGAUGCCAUGAUGGAGCUUGAAACUCCCAAAAAAUUGCUGUCCCCGGAACCAUCUACUCCUCGUAGAUCUGAAAGAAAAAGAGCAUUGUUUCCUUCAGCAAGCCCUCAGACAAGUGAUCUUGGUCACAUGUCCCCUCUUGGUUCCUCACCAGACCGAUACAGUUCUGCUCCAGCGUCACCAGACUCUUUAACCUUCAGUCCUGCAAAGAAGCUGUCUCUACCUGUGUCUCCAUUUGGUCGCAAGGUGUCAGCUGUCAAGGCACUGUCCAGAGAAUCUCCACGCAAGCAGUUCUCAUUACUCUUUGCUCAAAAGAGUAAGUUUAAGACUGAAAGUUCUUCUGGCCAGAAGAUUACCCCUUUAACUCCCAGAGUAGAUGUUGGUCAUAGCCAACCAUUGAAAACAUUGGAUAACUUAAGUGAGAUUGUACCAGUUGAUCAGUUAGAGCAAACAGUUCUCUCUGUUAUGAGUGAGAGUGACUGUCCAGAGUCUCCAGAUCAUACCCCUGGAACAACUCCUCACAACAAGGAAAUGUUCAGAGCCAGGUCUGAUGUAUCACCAUCGCAACCGUUGACUCCUUCCAAACGACGCAGUAUGCCUGCAUCCUGUUCUGGAUCUACUACAUCAACCUCUCCUCACAGUCCUGAGAGAAAACGAAGAGUCUCUUUGGAAUCUAGAUCAAGAAGUGCUGGAGCAGAAUUGCCCAAAGCUCGAACUUCUUUAUUCUCCAUUGGAAAUCGUUCUUCAGGUGCUAAAAGACCAAGAGAUGAUGGUGUUUAUCUUACUGGGAGGAACAUUAAGCGAAGGAAGGUGUAUGGAGAAAUUAAUGCUGGAGUUAAAACAGGAAUACGUCGACCCCCUAAAGUCAAGGCAAAAGUCAGUUCCUCUUCUGCCAAGAAACAAGGAAAAAUCAAGUCCAUUUGGGAUGUUGGACCAAAGUCUACCACUAAGAAGAAAAGUCUUUCGCCCAUCAAAAUACCUAAGAUGAGUCUUCUUGCUAAACAAGUCAAACUCUCAGAUGAAGAAAUAGCUUCCCAGUCGGCUUCAGCUUCUCUUCAAGUCCGAUCCAAACGGAAUUUGCCUCAGGAAGAAGUUGAGGAAUCUGAGGAAUCAGAACCAGAUGUAGAACCAGAUCCCUCCAAACGUUUUUUCAAGAGAGGGAAACCUCGUUCUGCUACUAUUACUCUCUCCAAAAAUAUUAAAAUCAAGGUUCAUAAAGGGAAGUUUACAGUGGAUAAAUCAACACCAGCACCCCCAGCUAAGCGCAGACGACAGCUGUACAACCAAGACAAACACAUCCAAGCAAUUAAUUCCUUUGAUGACAGCGAGGAGGAUGUUGCAGCCAGUACAAGAAGUGAAGUCCAAAAUAUUUUAGAGAAGCUGGCAGAGGACAAGAGCACAUCUCCUGAAUCUCUACCUGCUGUGGCAGUCCCACACCAUCCUGUGAAUGAAAUCUCAACAAUUGAAGAGCCAUUAGUGGCCUCAGCUCCUAGAAAGGCUGAUUCACCUGUGUCAAGCAGCCCAGUAAGGGUUCCGGAAUCACUUGAGAGCCUUAUGAGUCCUCUGAGCCAGCUUGCCUCCUCCACAUCCACAUUAAGUAUUAAUGUUGGAGGGGAUACGCUACGUUUGACUGAAGCUCAAGUUAAAGCUUUAACUGCAGUACCUGAUGUAGUCAUGGAAGAUGAUGACCUUCCCCUUUGUGAGCCUCUUCCUGAAGAGACUUCUGAAAUCAAUGAAGCAAAAGAAAAUGUGAUAUCUUCAGCCACUGAAAAUGAAUCAACACCAGUGAAAUACUUCCCUAUCUUCAGCAGCAAUUUUUCCCAUCAAAAAGUUCCUCUUUCACCCACUUUGGCUAAACGUAAGAGAUCACUCUUGCGUGCUAUCGGAAAUGAUCAGUAUCAACUUGAUGCCGGUCAGAAGCGAUUCGGUGCUACAGAAUGUGGUACCUGCUCAGCAAUUUAUCAAAUGGGCGAACCUGAAGAUGAGCUUGCCCACAAGGAGUUCCAUGACGCUGUGAAAGACCUUAGAUUUAUGGGCUGGAAAAAUGAAAAUGUUGUUGGGGAGUAUGGAAGAAACAGAGUGAUUGUAAUAAGACCUGGUGAUCCAAAAGUUUGGUGGAAUAAGGCAAUGGAAAUUCUGAAUGUGGUUGAUAAAGAUCUUGGAUUUGCUGAAGGCGUGACCUGUGACCCAAAUCAUUCAAUGGUUUACUUGUACAUAUCUGACAAGAGUGUUGUUGGUUGUCUCUUGGCUAUUCCCUUGAAGAAAGCCAACAAGAUGGUACCAACAGCUGCUGAAACUGAAGGUAUAGAUUGCUGCACUGCUGAAGAAUAUGCUGUAAAGUGCGGUGUGAGUCGUAUUUGGGUUCACCGGCCCCACAGGCGUAACAACAUUGCCAGUAACCUGAUGGAUUGCAUGAGGAAAAACUUCAUUUUUGGACAUGUAUUGUCAUUGGCAGAAAUUGCUUUCUCUUCUCCAACCACUUUGGGGAAGUCUUUUGCUGAGCAUUACACUGGUUGCAAAGAUUAUUAUGUGUACACCUCCACAUCUUAAAACUGGAGACGAGAUGACUUGUCUGGCAUUUUAUUGCCCUAUGGAUCCUGACUCUACAUGUGUCCUUUAACUUGUAUUAAGUUUUGAUUGCAUGCAUGCAUGUAAUGUUUUAAGACAGUUCUGAAAGAAACAGAAAUCUUCAAUCACUAACUCUUGUAGUUUGCUUUUUCUUCAAUCAAAUGUGUUUGGUGGAAGACAUCAAUAAAAUUUUACUCAAUGAAACAA